AUGCAGGUGACAUUGCUAUCCGCUCUGCUUAUCGCAUCAGUGUCUGCCGAUGCAGGCACUUGUACCAAGGACACAUGCCUCAAAGCAGUUGGACUUUCUAAUUGUCGAGCUCGAAGAUGGCCGCCUGCACAUGAGAGCGACUGCUCUUCAUUCCUUCGAUACACUUCCGUCCCUGCAGCAACGACUGUGACUGCGACUGGGGAGCAAUCGACCGUGACCCUGAAGGAUACCGAGACUCUGGGCCCGGAGACGGAUGAAGCGACUGCGACACAGUCCGAUCAAACCGCCACAACCAGCGUCACAUCGGACCCUGUGACCGUCUAUGUUGCUGUCACUCCUACCAAGACCGUCACCAUCACUAUUACACCAGACCCUUACCUUGAAACCGACGUCAACACCAAAACAGUUGUUCAGACUGACGUGAACACCAUUACGGAAACAACCUAUUAUGGCCUCCCCUCGAAGCGUGCUAUUGCCGCUCGAUCCACCAAGAACAUCCUCAGGCCAACCGAUAUCCCAUCCUAUGCUGGAUCAUGCACGGAUGCCGAACAGUACAGCAGUGCUUGUGCCUGUAUGGGAGUUCAAGAAACUACUAUCGAGGGGACUGUUUCCAUCAUCACCGAGACUGUUGAGCCCCAUCCGGAAACGAUUGUCAAUGUCCACACGGAGACCCAGCCUGCAGUGACCAUCACUACGACACUUCCAGCAAAGACUCGAUACGUGACCGUCACUCUCCCAGGACCCCAAAUCACUGAAACCACAACCGCCGACGCUACCACAGUUUUGACCUCCUUCACUGAUGAUCAAGAGACCUCCACCAUCACCCAGAUAGCCACCGAAGUCGACAAGACUACAUCCAUCACUACCAAGACCCGCUCCGUCGGUCCAAUCUGCACCACCUACACACCUCAAAGCGCAUGCCAGUGCAAGUUCGAGGUCCUUUGCGACACGGCAGUGGAUGUUGAUAACUCAGUGUUUUUCAGACAAAUAGACUUCAACGUCUAUGUUGGUAGUUUUGAGGAGUGUAUGCAGCGCUGCGACGGCAACCCGAGCUGCCAGUUCGGUGAUUACGUAGGACUUCCUAAUGGGGGUCUUUGCUCGAGUUACAGUGGCAAUCCGGGAGAUUCUGGUACUUCAUCUCAAAGCGGAACUAAGUAUUAUGAAAAGGAUGGAAAUGUUGAUUGCUCAUCUUGCUCGCAAUAG